AAUUAUUCGCGGCGAGAGAUCCGCACUCCGCGGAGUCGUGCCUUACGUUCUGUGCGCGUCAACAUCAGCUGUUGUUUCGCUGUCGCGUGAAAUGACAGUUUCGUGGAGGUUCAUAAUGUGGAAAUCGUUUUCGUGAGGGUGCUUCUUCAUCUACCGCGGAGGUGAGCCGUAUCUGAUCUUUUUCUCCUAGUAAGAUGAACGGGAGCUUGGGAAUAAUGCGCGGACCAGAGCAACAUCCUCAGAGAUUCGCGGAUUAUUUUGUCAUAUGCGGAUUAGACAAAGAUUCAGGCCUAGAGCCAGACAAGUAUUUCGGCGACUCCUUACAAUGUACUCCUCUGGAUCGAGCGUAUAAAAGCAAAGUUUUGGGGCAUUAUCCUGAUUCUGUACCAUGGAACCCCUUCGACGAACACGCUGUGUGCAUGCUCUGCUUGCCGAGCGGCCUGAGAUUCCGAACCCAGAAACACUCGGUGGAACCAACGUUUCACUCGUUCGUGCUUACCAAGGAGGACGGACACAGAACCUACGGGUUUAGUCUUGUUUUCUACGAGGAGUGCCGAAAUCGCAAGAUAUGCGCGGCUAUGCAAACUCUGCAAGCGAUGCACAUCACAGAACUGAGCAGCGGGCAAAACGGUACACCACCAACGGCAAGAAAAGGCCAGGAUGGACAUAACACGCGAUCGUUGCCACGGCAUUUCAAGCUAUCAGCACAUUCGCCAGGUGCUGCGUUAGGCUACUACGACUCCACCAAAGACAAGUUGCUAGUGACUAAAUCGAUAUCCUUGCUAUGCCAGCAGCCUUACCUCCAUGCCGCGAAAACGUUCCUGACUAAUCUCUACAAAUGUGUUCCUAGACAUCCAGGACCUGGUCUUAGUUUAGAGUCAUACGUAUACAAUUUGCUGUACAAUGUGCCGGUACCAUUGCCUGGAAAGUCGUUAAAGUUCUUCAUUCCCAAUGACGAGCCAGCGAAAUCGCCAUUAGAGCUGGUUAUCCAUCAGCCAACGCCAUCGCAGGAGUUACAGAUGCUAGAUUACCCUCUGAAGGAUAUAUUCACAUGGCUUGGAGCGGAUUGCGUGAUUCAAUUGUUUACAUGUGUCCUAUUGGAGAAUCAAGUAUUACUCAGAAGUUCAGAUUUCCACAAGUUGAUGGUGGUAUCCGAAUGCAUAACGGCGCUUCUCUUUCCGUUUUCCUGGCAACAUGUGUACGUGCCGAUAUUGCCUGCCAGUUUACAUCAUUUCUUGGACGCGCCGGUACCAUUUAUAAUGGGUUUGCACGCGCAAAGUGAGGGCGGUGUAUUGAAAAUUGCCAGCGAAGCAAAUCUUUGUUAUGUAGAUAUAGAUAAGCAAAGUAGCCAAUUUCCAGAAGAGUUACCUGUAUUUCCACAUAAAAUGCAAUUUAUUGCCGAGAUUAGAGCUCUCUUAAACAAGUACAAAGUACCACACGCGGGAAAGACUGAUAACACGGUCAUAAAUCAUUAUAACGGUGACAUUAUGACUAGUAGUUUGACGCUUCCUGGUUCUGGAUGUCAUCUUCCUCGCAGAAAACAUUCGUUACACGAUGUCUUGGAUUGGAAUCGACCGGAACCAACGCCACAAUCAGACACGUUACAAAGGAUAGUAGAUAUCGCUAAAAGAACUGGAGUGAACGUGGAAGAUAUCGAUUCAGUGGAAGAUAACGUGAAAGAGCAGAUACUCUCACCUCAAGAAGAAUAUCAAGAAAUGCUUAUGUUUAACAAUGCCAUUAGAGAGAUUUUUCUGAACCGUUUUGUACAGAUUUUUUCUAAUUACGAACACUUCGUUAUUCAACCAAGUCAGGACAAAGAUGAAUGGUUGAAUAAUAGGGAUAGUAUGCAUGUUUUUGAUAAGGCUACAUUUUUAUCUGACCAACCCACACAGCAUUUGCCAUUUUUAUCAAGGUUUCUAGAAACACAAAUGUUCGCAUCUCUUGUCGACAGCAAAGUUAUGUCAACGUGGAGUGAGCUUGACUUUAACACACGAGUUUUUGAUCAAAGAAUUUCUCUCUUAAGGAAAAAAGUUGGAGAAGGUAUUGUAAGAUCGACACGUUAUGAACCUUGUACAAGUAUUGAAGAAUCGCAAAAGGUAUUGGAACAAAGAUUGACAAACGUAGAUUUUGAAACGAAUCCACCUACAGAGAUCGUUCCUCAUAGAGCAGCGUAUUUUCGAAGCUUUCCCUUGUUAGAUAGUGUAGCAUUAAAUAAGGAGCCAACUCAAAGUAUACUUCGUAGUCGGAGAGGUCAGACUCAGUGGAAGUAUAAAAUGAAAUCUAUGGAGUCAAAUGGGAAAACUUCAGUACCUCAAGAAACACAAUCACCUCGACCUCAAACUAAGCUUUCUGCAGAUAUGAGUCCAGCAUUAAUAGCACAAGCAAAUUGGACAUUUGUUGAAAAAUUGCUCAAAGAUUGUAAAUCAAAAACAAAAAGAAUGUUGGUUGAAAAAAUGGGUUCUGAAGCCGUUGCAUUAGGUCAUGGCGGUGAAUCGUUAUCCGAUGUCGAAGAAAAUACGCUAGUUGCCAGUCUCUGUGAUCUCCUAGAACGAGUUUGGAGUCAUGGAUUGCAAAAUAAACAAGGGAAAAGCGCUCUUUGGUCGCAUCUUGCCAUGUAUCAAGAAGAAGAGUGCAAUGACCCGAGUAAACCAAUAGAUCCUAAUUUUCUUUCUCCUGCCAAAAAAUCACCAAGUAGCUUUUUUGGAUUACCAGAGCGUUUAAUUUCAUCCUUAAAGGGCAAAAAUAUUUUUGAAAUUGCUUCUUAUAUCAAGGAGAAUUUUAAUGAUCUACCAAACCUGGCAUUGGAGAUCGACUCGCCUACACGAGGCACGGACAAGCACAAGUCUCCUGGCGACAGAAAAAUUGGCCCUGAACAUUUGAGGCCUUUGCCUAAUUCUUUGCUUUUUGAUAUUCGGAAUGUGCAGGCAAUGACUGAUAUUAAAACGCAUAUUGGGUAUGCUAGAGCCUGGGUUCGAUUAGCACUUGAAAAGAAACUUCUUUCUCGUCACUUGAAAACUUUAUUAUCAGAUACCAGAUUGUUAAGAAGUCAAUAUAAGCGCUCGGCAUUUUUGCGUUGCGAAGAAGAAAAGGAACAAUUCUUAUACCAUCUUUUAACUUUGAAUGCUGUCGAUUAUUUCUGCUUUACAAACAAUUAUCCAACUACGAAAUUGCCAUACAGGGUCGUUAUAUUUCCUAGUCGAAAAGCUAGCGCAGCUACUACUUCGGCAAACAGUUGGAUCGCUAUUUCUGGCACAUUGUGUGAAACAAAUCCAGUGCCAAUUCCCAAGGGAGCAUUGGAAUUUGUGUUUCAUCAUAAGAAUUUGGGCGUGCUCUCUACAUUACGUAUAGGACAUGACAAUACAGGUCUUUCGCCAAAAUGGAUGGUAGAACAUGUUGUGGUGAGAAAUGAAGUUACAGGGCACACAUUUAAAUUCCCUUGUGGUAGAUGGCUUGGCAGAGGUAUUGAUGAUGGAUCUACUGAAAGAUUAUUAGUAGGUGCCCUGGUACCACGUAAUAUCGAUAGUGAAGAAUUGGUUGAAUCAUGUUCAACACCACCAAGAUGUAGGUCUCCUAGUAUACCUAGACGUCCUAUAGUGUCUCAAGUCGAACUGCAACAUAUGUUAGGAGAAUCCGUAAACGCUAUUGUCAAAUUCCACUAUAGAAGAGAAUGUCAGGAUGGUUCUUUAACUGCUUUACUUUGUGGAGAAGGUGGUCUUGUGCCAUCUUUAGAGCAGAUAUUUUUAUUUGGUUUCAAGAAUCAAAGAAUAUUUGGGAAAAAUUUUUACGUUUGGGAUUAUCUCUUACGUGUAAAAGAAAAUUUUGAAAUUUCUUUGCUGGAAGAAAUGGACGAAUAUUCACAGAGGCUGAAUAAAGAUAGACGAAUUCACGUAGAGAACAAUCAAAGAUUUACAACUUUAAGAUGUUAUUGUCAUCUUAUUGAUCAAAUUAACUUAUUCAGUCAAACUCUUGGUAAAGAUGGAAAAUUUCAGUUAUUCAUUUGCUUAGCAGCAAGAGAACAGCUUCUUCAUUCAAUGCUUCGGCCAAUGAGUGAAGCACGCUCUACUGCAGACAUGUAUGAAGAAACUUCUUUCUUAAGAAAUACUACAUUAUUAAAUUUCCUUAUUCACAUUCUUGAACCAUUAAGCGAAUUUCACAUUGUCCUUGAAAAGAGCUUGACUCAUGGAAUUUCUAGUAUAUGUUAAUUUAUCAUAAACAUUCCAAUAAUUAGGAUACAUUUCUUUAAAACAGCACAAUUUAUAAAAUUCUAAAUAAUACGAGGCGAACAGGAUAAAUGUUAUAGUAUUGGAAAAAUGAUGAACUUUGUAAAACCCUACUAUUAAGGAUCUAAGAGAAAUUUAAUAAUGCAAAUGAAGACUGUUAUGCUGAUGUAAAAUAGUCGUUUUUAAAUGAUGAAUUAUUUGACAGAAAGUUGAUAUAUGAGUGAUAACGAAAACAAAGAUCUUUCUCUGUUCCGAAAGUUGAUGAUAUUGAUAACAAUAAGAGUUCAGUGCAAAGAUAGAUGAUCUAAUUUCGCCCAUCUUGCCGUAGAUAAUUGAUAGAGAAACUAGUUAAGAUUGUUGAAACUGACGUAUCGUGUACCAAAGAUGUGAUCCUAUUAGUUAUUACUAUUAGUAUUAUUGAUAUUAUUAUUACUAAGGAUUUAGUUUUUUUACAAUUUUUGCCGUAAGCAGAAUAUCUAAAGAGCGUGCAAACAACGUACAUUGCAAUAAUUAAUAAGUUAGACAAGAUAAAUAUCAAUUUUGUACGUUCCAUUAUUUAUUACAUUAAUCGAAAUCAUUAAUAAUAGGAAAUAUAAUGUCGAGAGAAAUAUUAGAAUAUGAAAAAAUUUACGAUUUGUUAAUUUUAAUCUUUCUCCAUUCUCAUAAAUAAUAUUAUGUUAAAUCAUGAAAAUGGUCGAUUAAUUUUUUAAUACGUUGUUUAUACACACUUGUGAACAGAUACCUGCAUUAUUAGUUAAUACUACUUCUUUUACCUUUUUUUUUUUUUUAUCAAAUAUGAUCGAAGAUUUUUUUAUUUUUACUUAUACGAGUACUGAGCUACAAGAAACAAUAAUGUCAAAGUUUAAGAUUUAAUAUUAGCAAUUUAUAUUUCUUCUCUUGGAAAAUUUGAAAUUCAAUUAGUGUAUUGUAGUUCGAGUCGAAAUCAGAAGCACGUAAUAUAUUAUGAGAAACAUUUAUGCGCAUAUUCAAGAAAAAAUGGACCAAUCGAUUUAAUCAUUUAUUACAAGUUUCGAAGUUUGACAAUUGAUUUUUAACGUGCAAGCUGCUUCUUCGAAGUUUUAAUGUAAUUGAUGAUCAAGAUAAGCAGAAUACUCCACUAAUUUGAAGAAAUAGCUUUCAGAGUACAAUUUUAUCGCUAGCAUUUCACUGACAUUCAAUACCACAUCCCAUUGCUAAAAAUUGUUCUUUGGUAUUAUUAGCCAGUGUACUAUUGCUCAUUCUUUGUAAAGCACGUGUGAAUAAUAUUUUUGUCAUAAGCUUUAAUGUUUAACGAGUUUAUUUGGGUAUACUACAAUUUUUGAAAAAAUCUUAACAAUUUCAAUAAUACUAAAUUUUUGGGAGUUUCGUUUUACUUUCUUGCUAUUUUAUUCUAAUAUUAAACACAGUUAAAAUUAGACAUUAAAUUUAAUUUUAAAUAAAGAAUUACUAACUCUAAAGAAUUUUAAGCAUUGAUAAAAUAUUUCGUUAAGUAAAAAAAUUUAAUACAACUAUUUCUCAUUUUCAAUUCACCUUAAAUUUAAUAUCUUUUGUAUCUAAUUUUUUAAAAAAUAUUAAUUUCAAGGAGAAAUAAUUUUAAAUAUCUUUUGUUGAUGACUGUAACCAUAAAAUAUACAAGGUUCCAAAGUCAAAACAUCAAGUAUGUAUUCACACGUGUUCAUUGUGUACACACCUUAAAUUUAAUAUCUUUUGUAUCUAAUUUUUUAAAAAAUAUUAAUUUCAAGGAGAAAUAAUUUUAAAUAUCUUUUGUUGAUGACUGUAACCAUAAAAUAUACAAGGUUCCAAAGUCAAAACAUCAAGUAUGUAUUCACACGUGUUCAUUGUGUACAUUCAUGACAUUGAUACAUAUUAAGAAAUAAUUUAUAGCGAGUCUCUCGCACCUGUGGCCAAAUUUAAAAGUUUACCGUGUCAUCUUUUACAUAGAUUCAUGGAUGUAAAACUUUAAUUCUAAUCUCUGUUAACACAUUGCUUAUUAACUAAGAGUAUCUUUUAAUAUAUUUUUCAACGUUAAGCUUUUUAUAUAAUAUCCGUUAUUACAUUUUAAUCUUACUGGAAAUAGAAUGAUUCUCAAUCUCCUCAAUUAUAAAAUAUAAAUUUGCCAACGUAUGUAUCAUAUAGAAAUUUUAUAUCUAAGUAUUCUAUAUUUAUAUUUGUAUUCUAUUGUAUGCUAUUUUAUCAAAUAAUGUUAAAGUGGAAAGCAAUGUGUUAAUAAAUAGGAAUAGGAAAAUGAAUAGGACGAAAAAAAGAGUAUAGAAUUUUUUAGUUAUGUAUCAUUAGUUGUUUCAUCCGGAACAUACAUUAAGAUUCGUUUGUUAAUUAAUUAUGUUGCUGUAUAUUGUUGACAAAAAUAAUGAAAUACUCGCUUAAUGAUCUGGUUGGGUUACUUUCUCUAGAUUUUUUAGGAAAAAAAAUAAAAUGGUUGUACACAUGAAAUUAUGUUUCAUAUCAUUUUUAAACGGAUUAUUGUAUAUUUUGUUGUUUUGACAAUAAUCACGUUUAAUCAAAAGGGGAAACAAAAAAUUGCAUUUUAGGUAGUUGUAAAAUGUGUAUUGUGAUCGUUUUGUUGUUAAAUUGGAGGAUAGUGCGUUGCACUUUAUGUUAUUUUACUUUAUUAUGCUUUGGAGCAUGCCUGGUGUCGUCAUGUUAAAGUUGCCUAUAAUUUUAAUCUCUCUAUGAUCUUCAAUAAAGUCAAAUAAUAAAUGGAAUUUAUACAAAAUAUGUACAAUAGAUAUUUUUAAAAUAUUAAUAUUACAGAAAAAAAUGGUGAGAUAAAUUAAAAGCUAUAAUGAAUUAUGUAUAAAUGAAUUUUUUUGUUAUUUUUAAUAUACAGAAUGGUUCAUUAUUAAAUAAAAUAUUUAGGAUUAUAAUUUUAUAAAUUUUUACUUGGAAAGGAUUGUAAAAUACUUCAUAUAUCAGCAAAAUUAUAUAUGAUUAGUGCAAACAGUUAAAGAGCUUAAAAUAUAAGCUUCGUAAUAAUAUUUCAGACACUUCAACAUGACGAUGUGCGCUUAUUCACAAUACUCAAACAAGUAGUUUAUACGUAAGUUUCGAUCUAAGAUUUAAAAGUCAUGUCCAUGUAAUCACGAUCCAUGCUCGAUCGUUCCAUAAAUUCCUUACCAAGUUUGUAUAUAAAUAAAAAAUUACAAAGCUUCAUGUAACGUAUAAUAGGAUCUUUUACAAGAUAAGCGUCGUAUAACAUAAUUGUAUAUAUAUAAUAUAAAACAAAAUACUAUAAUACUGUACAGUAGAAUAAAGAAUUAUCAAAACUGA